AUGUCUCAAAAGAUCCCCGAGAAGCAGUGGGCCCAGGUCAUUGAGAAGGUUGGCGGUCCUGUUGAGUACAAACAGAUUCCAGUAGCAAAGCCCGGCCCUGGAGAGGUUCUCGUCAACAUCAAGUACUCUGGUGUGUGCCAUACCGAUCUACACGCCGUCAACGGUGACUGGCCCAUUCCCACCAAACUACCUCUUGUCGGUGGCCACGAGGGUGCCGGUAUCGUCGUUGCCCGCGGUGAGGGCGUGACAGAUGAAGAUGCCAAGAUUGGCGAGGCUGUUGGUGUCAAGUGGCUCAACGACUCCUGCCUAAGUUGCACAUUCUGCAUGCAGGCCGAUGAGCCUCUUUGCUUGACUCCCAAGCUAUCUGGCUACACCGUGGAUGGCUCCUUCCAGCAAUACUGCAUUGCUUCUGCGAAGCAUGUCGCACACAUUCCGGAAGGAGUCCCUCUUGAUGAGGUCGCCCCCGUUCUUUGCGCCGGUAUCACCGUCUACAAGGGCCUGAAGGAAUCAGGUGCUCGCCCAGGACAGACUGUCGCCAUUGUUGGUGCGGGUGGUGGUCUGGGCUCUCUUGCCCAGCAAUACGCUCGGGCCAUGGGCCUCAACGUCAUUGCCAUCGACUCUGGUGAGGAGAAGGAGAAGAUGAGCAAGGAGAUGGGUGCCUCAGCCUUUGUUGAUUUCGCAAAGUCCAGCGACAUUACCAAGGAUGUCCGCGCCGCCACUGCUGACGGUCUCGGCCCGCACGCCGUCAUCCUCGUCGCUGUGAACGAGAAGCCCUUCCAACAGGCGGCUGAGUACGUCCGCCCCAGAGGCACCGUCAUCGUUAUCGGUCUACCCGCGGGUGCUCAUAUCCGCGCCCCUGUUUUCGAGUCCGUGCUCAAGAUGGUCCGCAUCCAGGCCUCGUACGUCGGUAACCGACAGGACUCUCAAGAAGCGCUCGAAUUUUUCCGCAAGGGUCUCAUCCACGCUCCAUUCAAGACUGUUGACCUCAAGGACUUGAACAAGGUGUACGAGCUGAUGCACGCUGGCAAGAUCACUGGUCGCUACGUGCUCAAGAUGCCAGACGCAGAAUGA